AUGGCAUCCUCGACCAUGCUAGGCCCUCCUGCAUUGUCUCAACAACCCUCCGCCCCGAUCUCUGCAGUUCCAGCCUCACCCGCUGCAACAUCAACCUCAGAACCUGCACAAGACGACUGCAGCCUGUCGUCGUCCUCUCCGCCCCAGUUUGCCACGAACCUCUCAAAUCCAAUAUAUGAGGAGAGCGAUGAAGACUCCGAGAGUGUCGCACACAACGAACCAGUGACCCCCGUGAGCGGCAGACAGUCCUCGGAAUUUCGCACCCACAGGGCCCACGACAACCAGGGUCAUCCCGACAUCACUGACUCUUCUCUGAUCCCUUUUCCCUCGAUAGAGUCCGACGGCGCCACUGUUCCACAGUCGAAAAUCGAUUUGCGCAAAGGACCCUUCGCCAACCAUAACUUCGAGGCCAACAUCAACACGCAGAUUGCUGCUGAUACCUCAGUCGCCCCUCAAAGGACGCCCGUCAGUCCCAGGAAGAGCAUAUCCACGAGACCAAUCUCGCCGCCCUCCACCGCUAGGACAUCCGCCGACGAGUCGCAGCCAGGCUCCGUGAAAGACUCGCGACGCAGCACGCGUACCUCUACCAGCUUUAAACGCACCAUGUCAAAUCUCUUCAAGCGCAAUGGCCAACAGGGCGACGACGACCAGCCCGUGGUCGUUGUCGCUCACCAGGACUCCCUCGAGGCCAACCGGAGGUGGUCCAUGAACAGGUCAACAGCCACCACGCCUGGCUCCAAUACACCACCUUCGCCCGGCACACAGACGUACGAUAACAAGCAGCGCAGUAAGAAUCUGCUAGCUCCGACGCCUGAGGACUUCUUGCACCACAAGAAGAACCGCGCCUCAACAGGUCUCACGCUCCGCAACCGUGCAGUCAACUUUGCUACCGGCAAUGGACGCAACUCGAAGAAGCAAGCCAGUCUAAGACGGGCUAGCAGUUUUGAUGGUGGCCAGAACCGUGAAGCACAAGACGGCCAGCUCGGUCCUGCGGCAGUCUUCUACGCGAGACCAGAAGCUGGUGUUGGCGUCAAGGCCCGGCGAUUAAGCCUGAGCCUGCCCGACGAAUUGACAAUUGACGUUGGCGACCUCCUCAACGAGUUCGAGUACAAGCACAAGCAUCCCUUCGCACGACAAUUGACGCGGACGUUGGGCAAGGGCGCCACGAGCACCGUCCGGAUCAUGUCGCGCAAGGGUUUCCCGGAGGAAUUGUACGCGGUCAAGUGCUUCCGGAGCAAGGACAAGUCAGACACGAAGGAGGAAUAUGAGAAGAAGAUCAAGUCCGAGUAUAGCCUCGCCAAGAGCCUACACCAUCCCAACAUCGUCGAGACUGUGCGCCUGUGCAUUGACCACGGGCGAUGGAACCACGUCAUGGAGUACUGUUCUGAGGGCGACCUCCACACCUUGCUCACGAAGAAGUACCUCCUGAAUGAGGAUCGGGAAAAGGAUCGCCUUUGUCUGUUCAAGCAGUUGGUCCAGGGGCUCAACUACCUGCACAGCAACGGUAUCGCGCACCGAGACAUCAAGCCUGAGAAUCUGCUCAUGACCAGCGACAGCAAACUGAAAAUCACCGACUUUGGCGUCACAGAGGUAUUCUGUGGGAUCCAUCCUGCCGCAAGGGAAUCAGGCGGCGAGUGUGGCCGACAGAUGAAUGGAGAAGUUCGGAUGUGCAAUCCUGGGAUCUGCGGAAGUCAGCCAUACAUGGCCCCCGAGGUCCUGGCCAGGGAUCGGCAGUAUGACCCGCGCAUGCUUGACGUUUGGAGUGCUGCUUGCGUGAUGCUCAACAUGAUGACCUCGGCAAACCUAUGGGAGAAGGCCGUUUGGGGCGCACAGGGAUGUCGGAGCUAUGAUAUGCUCGUUCAGUCGUUUGACAAGUGGAAUGCCGAACACAUCGACGGCAACGCAACUAUCACCGAGAACGAUUAUCCUACAUACUUGCCCUUCGACAAGGGUGUCAACAGGCCAGCACUACGUCGGAUCUUGCUUAUGAUGCUGAAUCCCAACCCCAAGAAGCGGGCCACCAUAACUGAGAUCGCCAACAUCCGAUUCAUGAAGAAUAUCCAGUGCUGCCAGCCGGAGAGCUAUGACGAUCCUGACGUGGUCAUUGACGCCACCAAGAGUUCAUCGUUCAAUCUCAAGACCACAAAGACAUUCUGCCAUAACCACUUGCCACCCAAGUGGGAGAACAGCCAUUCCCUGCCGCCGAUGCCCGGCAAGGCUGGUUACUGA